AUGCCUGGAAACCAGCCUCCUCUCCAGCCUCCUGCACCUGUUCACCUGGGGCCUCGUCUCGGCCCCGCGGAGUCCCCCAGAACCCGCGGGUCUGCAGGGGGCGGCUGCGAGCUCCGCUGUGACCCCUUUUCUGCGUCCGGGUCUCCAGCCGCGGACUCCGAAUCUCGGGGGACUCUGCCGCUGCUGGACGGACCUGGACAGUCUGCGACCUGUGCUCCAGCAGCCGCGGACUUGCCUGUGGGUUGCAUGCUGGUGCUGAUGCUGAUGACCAUGGUGCUGACCAGGACAAGAGCAGUUCCUGUCCCCACGCCCCUCAGUGCCCUCCCGGGUGCAAGGGGCUGCCCCUUGGCCCAGUUCAAGUCUCUGCCCCCAGAAGACAUGAAGGCCUUCAGGAGGGCCAAGGACGCCUUGGAGGAGUCACUCCUGCUGAAGAACUGGAGCUGCAGCUCCCACCCACUGCCCAGGACCCGGGACCUGAGGCAGCUGCAGGUGUGGGAGCGCCCAGUGGCCUUGGAGGCUGAGCUGGCCCUGACACUGAAGGUCCUGGGGACCAUGGCUAACUCCACCCUGGGGGACAUCCUGGAGCAGCCCCUUCACAUGCUGCGCUACAUCCACACCAAGCUUCAGGCCUGUGUCCCAGCUCAGGCCACAGCAGGCCCCAGACCCCGGGGCUACCUCCACCGCUGGCUGCGCCGCCUCCAGGUGGCUUCAAAGGAGUCCCCUGCCUGCCUUGAAGCCUCUGUGACAUUCAACCUGUUCCGCCUCCUCACCCAUGACCUGAACUGUGUCGCCAGUGGAGACCUGUGUGUCUGA